AUGUCUACGGCGAACAGCACGUCGGAGCACUCCAGAUGCCGUGGGAUGGUCCGCGUGGACUCCGGACAGCCCCUCGCAUCCGCGCUGAUGUUCUCCGCCUCCGUGCUGGGUAACGUCUCGGCGCUGGUUCUGCUGGAGGUUCGGCGCAGGGGGACCGGCUCGUCUCUGUACCGCGUCCUCGCCUUUAGCCUGGUGCUGACGGACCUGCUGGGCUCCGUCGCUGUGAGUCCGGUCGCCUUAGUGGCGUACGCCCGGAGGAGGACUCUGGUGGGCAUGGGUGAAGGCAGGGAGCUGUGCUCGUACUUCGGCUUCAGCCUGACUCUGCUCAGCCUCUCCACGCUGGCCAUCCUGUGCGUAAUGGCGCUGGAGCGCUACCUCUCCGUGGGCCACCCUUACUUUUACGAGCGGCACCUGAGCGAACGCCGCGGCUACGUCACCGUUGGCGUCGUUUUCACCGGCAGCCUGGUGUUCAGCCUCGGCCCCUUCGUGGGUUUGGCCGAUUACGUGCAGUACUGCCCCGGGACCUGGUGCUUCCUGGAGAUGAGCUACACGCGUGGACAGGACAGACUUUACAUCGGCUUCUACGCGUCCCUGAUCCUCGUCAUGAUCCUGACCACGGUCGCGUGCAACAUACGUGUCAUUUACCUGUUGGUGGUGAUGCACAAACGGGGAAGGUUUCUCAGGCGCGCGCCGUCUGUGCGCCGCAGGUGUGUGUCCAUGACGGAGGAAAUGGAGCAUCUGCUGCCGCUGGCGAUCAUCACUGUGGUCUUCAUCUGCUGUACUUGUCCCUUAGCGAUCCAAGUUUACUUAAACAUGACGGGCCGUCGCGAGGAGCAACACUCCGCUGACCUGGGUGCUCUGCGCUUACUGUCAACCCACUCCAUCAUCAACCCCUGGGUCUUCAUCAUCCUUCGUCCCUCCGUCCUGCGCAUCAUCUGGAGGAAGCUGCACAAACAGAAGAGCAAGCGUCCGCCAUCGAGCGGGGGAAUGAGCAAGGAGACAGGAAACAGGCCGCAGUGGGCAUCUCCAGAGGCACCGCUUGAUCAGUCACAAGGGUCACGGUCAGCGCCAACGGUCAGAGAGCUGAGCGCAGGCGGCCACUGUGAGGUCACAUGACGCGCUCAGACGGUGAGACCAGGAGACAGCAGAAGAUCAAACACGGUGUUUGAGUUCCAGCUGAGUGCUAAAGCAGCCCUCAUGCUCUGGCACGCUAUUCAAGCUACAACCGAGUGCUAGUUAUUCUUUCAUUGGUUCUAUGUGCAGCUUCAGACCCCGUUUACAUCCUGACAGAUUGGAAAGAAGAACUCAACCUUCAGACAAUGUUACCUGAAUGAAUGAGAAUCUUCACUGAAACAAUGGCUCUUAGCAAAACAUGAGCCCCAGGUUUGUGUGAAUAGAAUAGAAUAGAAUAGAAUAGAAUAGAAUAGAAUAGAAUAGAAUAGAAUAGAAUAACCUUUAUUGUACUGUACACAACUAAAUUGGCUCUUGGUGCAAUCAGACAGUGCAGUACAUUAGAAUAUAGAUAUAAAUACUCUAUCCAAAAAUAGACACAGAUGUCUCACACUGUCACAUAGUCAUCGUAUAAAUGUAAGUAUUGCACAGGUCUGGUCCGUAUUAGAGUGUUAUGUCAUGUUUAGUUUCAAGUUUAAGUUAGUGGUCCAACCGUCCUGUCUGUGUUCUGUUAAUGGUUCAAUCAUUCUGUGUUCAGUUGGUGAUCUCGUUCUCUUCCCCCUUCCUCAUUCCUGUACCCCAACCGGUUCUUCUUUUUUUUCCUGCACACUGCUGUAAAUGCUGUAAAUUUGAAUUCAAACUACAAAAUAAAAAAAAUAUUUAUUGGUUGAAUUUAAAGGCAUGUUAAAGCGGGAUGAGUUUUCAGAGGUGGCCAUUCACGUUUUCUUUGUGAUUAGAUCCUCGAGGGCAAUGACUAUAAAUCACUGUAUUAAAGACAUAAGUUAUAUUUAUAUGUUUUACUCACCAGAAUUUAGGAGCUGGACUGAGUGGUUAAUUUCUCCACUGUAAACAUGCUGUUCAGUGGCAGCUGGACUUGCCUUUUGGUCUUGGUGAUUCUUUGCUUCCAUCCAGCAGCUUGUGGCUGACUCACUGGGGAAGCAGGUUGAAAGGUCAGCACAUUGACAUAAACAUCUGUUUCACCCCUCAGCUGAACCUCUUGUUAUUCUUGCCCAGGAUGUUAACGCUGCUCUCUGUGCAAAAGAGCAGAUGGCUGCUGUUUAGUCUCCUACAUGCGAUCUGUAUACGCAUCCCUGCACAUACUACUAACCUACAUCACUGCUGGUUUUUGGGGAAGACUAGUUUUUUAGGAUUCUGUGUUCCAAACUCUAUUCAGUUCUAAUCUCUUUUGAAAUCAUGACGCACAUUAUUACUAUAGAGUUUGUCCAAUAAUAAACAUGCUGUAA